CAAGAACCAGUUGCUCCCAAUAACUCGAGUUGUUGGGAGAAGGUUCUGCUGGAUCUUAUACCACAUUCUAACACGCCCCCUCAAACGAAAGCCAAUCCAUGGGCUUGAAGUUUGCACAGGUCCACCAUACCAUGUGCUUGAAAGACAACGGUUAAUAUUGGGGGUCGUGGAGAUUCGAAUACAUGACCUUUUGGUUCGAGGCUCUGAUACCAUGUCAAGAACCAGUUGCUCCCAAUAACUCGAGUUGUUGGGAGAGGUUCAAUCGUGAAUCAUAUACCACAACACUAACACCUAGGAGCUUGGUUCGGGCAUCUUUUCAUUUGAAAGGAGUUGGACGAAUCCACUGUCCAUGUGGAAUAUGGGAGGGCUUGGAAGGAUUGACCGAGUUAGUCAGAUCCCAUAACCCCAAGUUGUAAUAUAAAUAAUACUCUGCAGAAUCCAGCUAAUAUUUGGCUGACUCCCAACAAACAUGCCCCUUUGUCUGGACAUGAACUGAAGGAUAGCCAUCGGUAUCCGUAUUAUCACCUUCUCUCUUUGUUUAUCAAUAGUAUGAUAAGCAUAGAUUAGCAUAAUUAAUAUGUAGCUUAAUCUUGGGUUUGUGGUGUAGAAAGAGUCACUUUCUCUGUAGAGAGGUGGGCAUGGGAUUUGUUCUUCUCUUACAACGGAUUUGUCUAUCUUAACGUGGUUUUGCAAUCUCUAAAGUAGGAUUGCCAUGUGGGCAAAGCUAUUGGGCCCACCACCACCCUCCUGUUAGAGCCUUGUUUUCUGGUUCUAACUGUUCUCUCUCUAGUCUCUACACUGAGAAACACAAAUUCCAAUGCCUGCUUUGUUCCUUUCUUUUACACCCUUUUUGUCUGAAUGAUUCUCUGAACUUAUCGAAGUUACAAAAAGGAUUACUGAAGUUGGGUAAGUUCAUCUGCUAAACUUUAUAAUAUGAAUGCAGCAAAUGCUAACAUAGACAGUAUUUGUUGGUCAAAUUAGGACCAAACGAAGGGCUCUCUCGACCUUCUAUUCCAUUUUCCUUAUGUUCUUUUCUUUCUUCCUCCCCUUCUUCCUAUCCCUGUGAAAAUUAGGGACCCUUAUUUAAUUCGUAACAUAAAUGUGCCCUUACCUUCACUUCUCCCUCUCUCACUAUACGGUCCCUUUUCACCAACUACCCACCUCUCAGUAGUCUUAUUGUUCCUCUAGCUCGCAUUUAUUAUUCCUUUCUUUGAUUAAUUUUUUCUACAUAUAUACUUCCCAGUUUAGUUCACUAACAAGUUUGUCGCACGGCAUUUAAAACUUUGCGGUACUGAGUACAACAGCAUCAUUUUUCAUUUUCCUCCCGACCCAACACUUCAUAAAAAAAAUCACCUCUGUUUCCAAAGCUCUAUUCUUUGUCCUUCCCCCUGUCUCGUGUAAAACUUCUGCUUCCUCGGUUCUUUGUUUUUACUCUAGAAGAAGGAAAAACAGUCAUUAGAGAAGAAGUUAGCUUUUGAAGCUGUUUUCAUUAGGAGUGUCUUUAUUCCUUCCUUGGAAGAAGUGUCAUUUUUUCUGAUUUCUUGUUGAUUCGCUUCCCCAGUUUUCAUUUACUCGAGGAAGUCUGAGUUUCAGCUUCUAUUUCUUCAUGGGUUUCCUCCAAUUUGUCUCAAAGUUUGUUCCUUUUUGAACCUUUUCCAUAUCACAAGCCAAGUGUAAGAUUUGUCUUCAAUGGGUCGACUGAACUGGCUUCUCCUGUUGUUCCUGUUGUGGGCUUCCUUCUUUAUUCCAUUCUCUCAUCAGCUGCAAACCUACCAGGCUCAGCUCCUGAUGCAACUGAGGAAGCAUUUGGAGUACCCUCAUCAGUUGGACAUUUGGGAAAACUACAAUGGCGACCUCUGCAACUUAUCAUCUACUCCAUCCAUCAGCAUUGCCUGUCAGGACAAUCUGAUUACAGAGUUGAAGAUCAUGGGAGACAUGAAGCUCUACGAGGUCAGUGAUUCUUUCACCGGCUCCCCAAUUCAGAACCAGACUCUAUCUGCCAGUUUCUCAAUUGAUUCUUUUGUCACUACUCUCACAAGGCUGACCACCUUGAAAGCUGUCUGCUUUGUUUCAUUGGGGAUUUGGGGCCCAUUUCCUGAUAAGAUUCAUAGGCUGCACUCACUUGAACUCCUGGACUUGAGCUCAAAUUUCAUCUUUGGUUCAGUUCCAGCUCAAAUUUCAAGAAUGGUUAACCUUACUUCCUUGGUUCUUGGUGUAAACUACUUCAAUGGAACUCUACCCGAUUGGUUUGAUUCCUUGUCAAGGCUCACUGUUCUGAGCUUGAAGAGCAACCGUUUUGAGGGCGAGUUUCCUUCUUCAGUUAGCAGAAUCAGAACCUUAACAGAUAUCGCACUGUCCCAUAAUCAGCUUAGUGGAAAGCUCCCUGAUUUGACUGCCUUGACCAACCUCCAUGUAUUGGACUUGAGAGACAACAAUUUUCAAUCUAACCUCCCUCCAUUGCCGAAAGGUCUAGUCACUGUUCUCUUGAGCAACAACUCAUUUUCAGGAGAAGUUCCAUCACAAUUUGGACAGUUGUCACAUCUUCAACAUUUGGACUUGUCUUCGAACAAUCUCAGUGGAAUACCUCCUGCUUCUUUGUUCUCAUUGCCAAGCAUCAGUUAUCUCAACUUAGCGUCCAAUGUGUUUAGUGGGUCACUUCCAAUCCAUGUCGCCUGUGGUUCCAAGCUCGGGUUUGUCGAUAUCUCCAUGAACAAGUUGACUGGUGGACUCCCGUCUUGCUUGGAGAAUAAGAGAGUAGUGAAAUCUGGUGGGAAUUGCUUAGCAAUUCAUGCUGAUUCACAGCAUCAGGAAUCAUACUGCAAGGAGGCCAAGAUGGUGACGACGAAGAACUCGAGAUUUAGAGCAGUGGGGAUACUGGUAGCUGUCGUUACAGGAGCACUGGUUUUAAUGGGAAUCUUUACAUGUGGGGUUGUCUGUAUAUGCAGAAGAAGUUGUCGUCCUAGAAAGAAAUUUGAACAUAACAUAGUAUCCAAGGUCGUGCUGGAUAAUCAUAAUAGUAGUGGUACUAAUCCACCAGCUGAUGGUUUUUCCUCUGAUGUCCUAGCUAAUGCAAGAUUUAUUUCUCAAACAGCUAAGUUUGGGACACAAGGGUCUCCAGCAUGCCGUGUGUUUUCAUUGGAAGAGCUGAAGGAAGCUACAAACUUCUUUCAUUCCUCAUCUUUUAUGGGUGAAGGCUCUAGUGGGAAGGUUUACAAAGGUAGAUUGCACAAUGGCAACCUCAUCGCCAUACGAUCCCUGACAUUGUUCAAAAGACAAUCUAUCCAAAACCUUAGGGUUAGGCUUGAGUUACUAUCAAAGCUUCACCAUCCACAUCUGGUUACUCUCUUGGGUCACUGCAUUGACAGCAGUGGUCAGGACGAUAGCAACAAAGUCUUCCUCGUCUACGAGUACGUGCCUAAUGGAAACUAUCGCUCCCAUUUAGCAGAAAGCUUUACUGAGAAAGCACUAAGGUGGCCAGAUAGACUAGCCAUUCUUAUAGGUGUUGCCAGAGCCGUCCAGUAUCUGCACACUGGUGUAGUUCCAGGCACAUUCAACAACCGAUUAAAGACGAACAACAUACUGCUCGAUGAACACCAGAUUGCAAAGCUCAGCGACUAUGGCAUGCCGAUUAUCACUGAAGAAUUUGAGAAACUUGAGGCUAAGGGAGAAGGAAUGAAAUCAAGUUACAGAAUAAAUUUAGAGGAUGAUGUGUACAACUUCGGGUUCAUACUACUCGAAUCACUUGUUGGGCCAAUUGUGACUGGGAAAGGAGAAACCUUCCUGCUGAAUGAAAUGGCAUCCUUUGGAAGCCAAGAUGGCAGAAGAAGGAUCGUGGAUCCAAUCGUGCUAACCACAUGCUCCCAGGAGUCACUGUCGAUCAUUGUUUCGAUCACGAGCAAAUGCAUCUCUCCAGAGCCAUCGGCCAGGCCUUCGUUCGAGGAUGUUCUCUGGAACUUGCAGUAUGCAGCUCAGGUUCAAGCCACAGCCGAUGCUGACCAGAAAUCAGAUUCAACCUCAUAGCCCCAUACCGGAAUCAGAAGAGCAUAAGUUUAUUUAUCUACAACCUUGACGAAAAAGGAAACGAGCCAUGAACAUACAAUGACUGGCAGAACAGGCAGCUAGAUGCAGAUUAGUAGUGAUCAGAUUGCAGAGUGUAUAGAGUUGUAAAGUUCCAUACAAUAGUUGAACAAAUAAUGGCUGUAAGAUGAAGAGUUCCAUUGAGUAAUAAAGAGUUAUGAGCUAUGGUUGGCCUCUUUCUUUGAUUGAUUGAUUCGGUCUUACCAAAUGCUCUGUUGGUGGCUUUGGUUGAGAGUUGGCAACUCAAAAUGAUUACCAAAAAAGGAAAAGAUUUCACUAAACUGCAGAAGCUUGGAAUACAAGGCAACGAAGGAAAGAUGGAGAUGAGUCAAAUCUCAAGAAGAUAACGGGAAGCGAAGAGAAAAGUGGUUGAUAGGAGGACCUGAAAAGUGAAAGCAAACAUAAAUGGAAAACCAAAGUUCAAGCUAACUAACCCAAGCCAUAAAUGACAAACAACAUAAAAACCAAUUUGAUCUACGAAAGGGUUUCGAGUCUAGUGAUGUACCUCAACACUUAGGUGUUUGGAUUGAGUAUGGACUUCCUAUUAAUCUUUCUCUCUCACAAAAUGUUAUGGUUACUGGUUAAUUAGUGAAUUCAUUGUUUGAACUAAAAAUGAAAAUUCUACUCAUUCUGCCAUGGAUUAAGCUCCCUUGGCAGGGGUUACAUUACAUGCCUCCCUAUUUUGGAAGAAAACCCAAAAAGUUAGUAGUAGUAUUAGCAUUGGUAAGAAUGUUUUUGAGCUCCAAGCCCAUUAUUGGCUACUCUUUCCACUGUCAAUUCACAACCAAUUUUGUAAACUAAUUGUACUUUUUGUUUCUCCAUCAAUACGUUUGACUUUGCUUAGAUGGAUAUACGAAUGAGUAAAUGAAAUUACUAAACUUUAUACGAAAAAUGGAACCCACUAGAAAAAAUAUAAAUUUCCAUUAAUGUGAACAUAUAGGUUUGUCGUUACCAGUAGUAAAUGCUAGUAUUAAGUGAACAUUUUUAACAAUAAAAUGAAUGAUCAACUUUUGUAUCAAAUGGAACAAAAUUGUGAGUUGUGGAAAUGCAUUAAAGUGACAAAUUUACAAUUCGAACGACCAAUAUAAUUUUAGAAUAUUUUCACAAAAUAAAAUCACAUGUUGUCAUCGUUACAUAGUCUUAUAAUAUUUUUUAUAAAUUACAGUAACGAAA